AACUUGUAUGAAAAAGAAACAAGGGUGUACGAAUAAAGUUAUUUAUUGACGACAACAUGGCGAUGUAAACCGAAAGUGUAAUUUAGCCGAUUUAAAAUGUGAAGUUUGAUUAUUUUAUCAGUUACUUAGUGGUAGAAAAUAACAUUGUGCCAUGGAACCUCAUCCUGACGAACAAUUCCAUCCAGGGGAUGAAGAGCUAAACUGGUCAGAACAACAUGAAAAUCUCAAAGGAAAAAAGCCAAAAGGAAGAUACAAUAAAUUUUCUGAGCAUGCAAGAACGUUGAUAUCAACAGAGAAACAAUGUGCUUUAUUUUGUGGAGGAAAAAAAUGUAAAUAUUGUACAUGGGAAAAUUGGACAGAAGACAAAACAGAAAUUAAAGGACUCUACUCUAAUUGGGUAACAGACAAUAUUUUGGCCAUGGCAAGACCAUCAUCUAAAGCAAUUAAAAAGUUUGAUAUCAUAAAACAGUUUAAAGAAAAAGGUAUAACCUCAGUGAUUAGUAUACAGAAACCAGGAGAACAUGCUGAUUGUGGAUAUGGUUUAGAGAAGAGUGGAUUUACUUAUGAUCCACAGAUGUUCAUGGAGAAUGGAAUAUAUUUUUACAAUUUUGGCUGGGAUGAUUAUGGUGUAGCAUCUUUAAGUACCAUACUGGAUAUGGUUAAAGUCAUACAAUUUGCUGUCUCUGAUGGCAAAGUUGCCAUUCAUUGCCAUGCUGGUCUUGGCAGAACUGGUGUCAUUAUAGCUUCCUAUUUAGUGUUUACAAAUAGAAUUCCUGCCGAUGAUGCAAUACAGUUUGUAAGAUCAAAGAGACAUGGUGCAAUCCAGACCCGAGGACAAAUGGAAGUGAUAAGAGAAUUUGAACAGUACUUAAAACCAUUCAGGAUUAUAUUUUCUAUAGCAGGUUCAGAUAGUAGAGAAUUUAGUCUACAACAAUUCCUCAAUAGACAGAAACAAAUACUCCAUGGUUACGAAGCAAGAAAACUUAAAUAUGUGCCAAAGGUUAUAUAUGUGGUAUGUGAAAGACUAUUAGAACUUUCAAAGAAAGGAAAUUCAUUGUCUCAAAUACGAAAAUGUCCAAGUGUAGCUUCUUUUGAUAAAAAACUAAAUCAAAAUGGUAACAUCGAAUCAGAAAUUGACAUCCCAAGAGUGACUUCUCAUCCGUCACUAGAAUCUCAAACUAGUACAACUUCUAGUCAUUUAAAACGUAUUGGAAGGAGAAAAAGUGUUUGUAUGGAAGACUUGCCAGAUGAAAAACUUUUAGCAUUAAAACCUAAGCCUGAACGAGAGCUGAGUAUAAAAUCAGAUACUGAGACUGAUGUUUUCUCUACAUCAGACAUUGUGUCACAGAAAAGUGAUGAUUUGGAUAGUGUAUGUGAGGAUUUAGGAAGUUUAUCAACGAUUGAUGUAGCAGAGGCUCUUGGAACAACUGAUGUUGAGGAAGAAAUAUACACUGCAGCUGAUAUUUAUCAGCAAAAACUGAAUAACAAAGAUUCAGCAUGGAAAGAUUUAGCCAAGGAACAGAACCAAUAUGUACUGGCUGAAAUUAUGUGGUCCUGGUUAGAUCAGCUUAAGGAACCUAUAUUGAAUGCUCAAGAUUUAAGCGUAAUUAUGAAGACUAGGGAAAUAGAUGCUGUUCUCCAGAAAUUAGAAAGGGGUACAAGACACACCAUAGAAUACAUAAUGAAAAUCAUCUACAAACUGAAACCUUUAGAAGAAGAUAUGCUGACCAAAAUCUAUGAAAAACUGCUUUCGUAUUUAACACACCAGUGGGUUGUUAUAGACUCCUUUAAAGACAUGUCAACAAGUUGGUCAAUGUCGACUCGGGACAGUAUAAUGGAUACAGAGACAAAGGAGCAUUGGACAGAAAUGAAAAAGAACCAAGCAUUAGCAUUGUAUACAUUCUUUAUACGAUUACAAGAAACGAUUGAUGAGAAGUUUUCAGCCAUGUCAAAUGACAAAACAGAAAACCAGAAAUGAUUAUAGUUGGGAAAUUUUAGCUUUAAUUUUAUUUAUUGUCUGUUAGUUAUUCAGCAGACUUUAGCACAUAUCAAUACUUGAUUCAUACUGUCUACUCAUCUUAUAUUGUUUUUUGUUCAUACUGUGCCUGUCAUUACAAUUGUAAGACACAUAGCUAUAUUCAUUUUUCCAAUGGCAUAAUUUUCCUAUUUGUUCUAUUCUAGUUGUUUAGUUUUGAUAAUGCCAUCAUUUCAGAGUAGAUAAAUAUCUAAUGUUUUUACUAUGCUAUGGCAUUGUCAUGUCUGAAUCUCAUUUUCUUUACAGUAAAAGUCACAUUUACUCUUCCAUUAAUGUUAUUACUUGUAUUCUUAUAUAAGGCAAUUUUAUUUUGCCAAGUCACAUAGUUAUUUAAGUGUAACAGUGUUAUAUAAAGUCAAUUUCAGUUUUAUUUUUGUUUACAUAUUAUUGAAAAUUACUCAAAAAGCAUAUCUGAGUGCUAUUUAUUCAGUGCAUAUCUGUUGUUAUUGUAUGACACAUUGUGUAUAAGGAACUUCAUUUAGCUGUUAUUUCAAGUGCUAGAUUAGUUUAUAAAUGCAAUUAAUGAAAAUCUGCAUACAAAUAUAACAAGGAAUGAUACUGCCAUUAGAACUGUACUUUGAUAAAUAAGGAUAAAUUAAAUUCAUAUAUGAAAUGAAAGUUAUAUUUGAAUAUCUCAUGAACUUCAACUAUAAUUUAGACUCCAUCUUUAUAGCUCCCUCCCCCUCAAACAAAGGAUAACUAAACGUAUUAUCAUCAGGAUCUGUGAACGUGUGACAUGAGAAUGUAAGCUCACUCUGACCUUGAAUACUAUGAUAGUCAAGCUUAUUCAAUUUAUGCCCUGCUUAUAACUUUUGUCCUUAGUAUGCAGUUGCAUCAUGGACAUGUGUUUGUCAUACAGAAAGGUCAGUUUAAGAAGUAUAAAGUUACUUCUUGUUUGGUGUGGAAAACAAACGGUAGGAUGGCAAAGAUGUUUAAGUUUUUUUCCCUUCUUUUCUCUUUUUUUGGAGUGGGAUAUAGCUGCUUUAGUUUUGACUAAGAUACUGACUCAGUUUUUUUCCUGACAGUGCUGUAAAAUAUAUUUUGGCUGUCAUUUCUGUAUUAUACUUGGUUAUAUUUAUUAGUGCUUUUAUAUAUAACAUGUAUAAGAAAUAAUAGUUUUACAUUGUACCUCAGUAAAAUAUUCAUCAACUUCUAGUCAGCUUCUAGUCAGAUAAUACAAGAAUAAUCUGAUACAUUCUUUGAGCAUAUUUGAAAUGCUUCAAACCAGUAAAUUUCAUUUUUUCUGUGACUCGUUAAAUCUCCAAUACAUUUUAAAAGUAUGCUUUUUAUGUAUAUGAAAAAAGUAUCAUUUUAUCACUUGUAUGCAUUGAAUGUAUUAUGUUUUUGUAUACUGAGACUGAUUGUAUUUGAUAGUAUAUAUGAUCAUUCCAAAACUGAAGCUGAAAUUAACUAUCUAUACAGAAAAGAAAAGAAAAUGCAGUUUUUUAUUUACAUCUUCACUUUUUAUUUAUCUUGCUAGUGUUGGAAGCACCAACAGUGUCAAAUACUUGAUAAAACUUGUGAUAGGGUCAGUUUUAGGGGAACCAAUAAAGGUAAAUGAAUGAAAUUGUGUCGUUGUAAAAGCAUUGACACAUUUCCUUUCCAUAGAAAUGAUUUGACACCAGAUUCCCACUCACUUCUGGACUCAAUAAGCAUGAUAAGGUUUAUUAAUUUAUUGGUUUUUUUUCAAGUAAUAAUUAGUUAGCAUUUUACAGGGUUUCAGUUUGUUAAUAUUUAAUUUCUGUAAAGGUUUUUUUCUUGGUCUUUUUAUCAUUUUUAUUCCCCCCAAUCUUUUAAUUAAUACUUUUUAUCUAAAUAGGAUACCUGACUUUGAUUGCCAUGAGGAAUCUUAAUUUGUAAGCCUGAAAAUGUUCAUUUUUUUUCAAAUUAUUUAUUACAUCCUUAGUCUGUUUCAUGAGUAAAAUAUGAUUUGUGUUGUGAUGUUGUUUAUGUUACUUGAGAAAUCAUUUGAGAUAGUUAUCCUGAAAAGCAUUAUCUUUAGUCAAACAAUUCAAAUCAGAUGUUGCUGUAUUAUAUGGGUAAAGCUUUAAUCAGGAUUAAUGUGAUGAGUUUAGCUAGCUAGAUAAAUAGAUAUUCAAUUGACAUUUAAAUAGGACAUAAGGUUGUUUCUGUAAUCACUUUAACAUAUUGUAGUUUCAUGGCAUAUAGUAGUAUUUACAAUUUAGGAUUGAUUGUUCAUUAAAAUAUAUUUAACUUGUUUGGUAUGUUUAUUUUUCUUUGCUUUUCUGCAAUAUUCUUCAGAAAACAUGGAAAAUCAUACAUUAUCAUCAAUCUGCAAUAGAAACUAACAGUUUGAUACGAUUUGCUGUCGAUGUUUCUUGUCCUUUUAAAAUGGUCUGUAAAUUUUGGAAGUUCCAAUUGACAUUUCUUUAGAGUCCAUGUUAUUGUUGAUGUAUGUCCUGCAAUCCAUAAACUGCAUAACUGUCUAUUUUGGCAUUCAUGUUCACUUAAGCUUGCGAGUAAGGUAAAUUAGAUGUCAUUUUAACAGUAAAGUUGUUGAUUGAAAUUUUCACUGAAUAACAGGUUAUUAAACUCUGUAUACAUUCCAAUAGAAUACUUGUCAAUUGCACUGAAAUUCUUGACAUUCUUGUUUCCUUAUACUAACGAAAUCCAUGAAAAUUGGUAUCCAACAAAUGAUAAUGAAUCCACAGCAUCAUUGGUUUGUUUUCACCGAUAAUUCGCUGAAGAUAUAUUUUGAUUGACUCUUGUUAAAUUUGUUGUAUCUUUUUGUUUUUUGUUUUUUUUGUUAGUGUUUCAUUUUUGUUGUUUAACAUUGGUUGUGUUGAGUUGUAUAAUUAGAUGAGAAUAAUUUAUUUAGUUAGAUAAGAUUUUUGUUCACAUCUAUCAAUCAAUGUCCUUGUCAUUUAUGUAAUAUUUAUGUUCUAGUAUGAGGUUGUGUCAUAUGCAAUUUUCUUUGUGUCAUCUUACCUUUAAAAAAUCAUGAUUGUUAAGGAAAAUAUUUGCCGUCCACAAUAUUACCAUUAUAUCAAUAUAUUGUAUAAUUUGGUUAAUGAUUUUAAGAAUUUAUUUAUUGUACACAAAAUUAUUUUCACUAAAUAAAAAGUGCAGAAUUGAA